GCAUUUAUUUUCAGAGUUAUAGAAGGUCGGCCUUGGGCGAAACUUAUUUUUGCAAUACAAGCUCUCGUCAGACGUGCUGGUCAUAAUGACUUUUAAUAGCUUGAUAACAUAAGAAUCAGUUGCAUUGGAAAAGCUAGAAAAAAAUAUAUAGAAACUUAAAAUGGCCCAGAAAGAAUUUAAAUUAGCCCCCGGCUGUGUGGAAUUGACUUUAAAACUUUUCGAUAAACUCCAGGCAUCCAAAAGCAAGGAAAACAUUCUAAUCUCACCCCUGUUCAUACAAACAUCCAUGGCUUUGACCUUUGCCGGGGCCAAAGGUAAGACGGCCGAUGAAAUUGCCUCUGCUAUGAAAUUUGUAUCCAACUGUCCAAAGGAAGUGGGUGAUUCAUUUUGUUCGGUUUUGGAAAAGUUUCAAAACAGUCCUUGGAUAAAAAUCGCCAACAAGGUCUAUGUUUCAGAAGGCAAUGUCAUCAAACCGGAAUAUGCUGCUGUGAUCGAGGAUCACUAUCAUGCUGCCGCAGAAACCAUUGAUUUUGCUAAAAGCGAAGAUGCUGCUAAGCAUAUAAAUGCUUGGAUUGAAAGCAAGACUGCAGGUGAAAUCACCGAUAUAGUCUCCGCCAAAUCUUUGAGUUGCGAUACCCGUUUGGCUCUCAUUAAUGCUUUGUAUUUUAAGGGAGAAUGGCGGCAAAAAUUCAGACAAGAAUACACUAGCGACCACAAUUUCUGGCUAAAUGAGGAGGUAUCGGUGAAGGUUAAAUUUAUGUAUGUUGAAUCAACAUUCCGUUAUGACUUUAUAAAGGAGUUGGAUUGCGAAUGCUUAGAACUACCCUAUAAGGACUCAGAUCUCAGCAUGUUGGUUUUAUUGCCUGCCAAACGAGAAGGCUUAAAGAAUUUGGCUAAGAAAUUGAAAAACGUCAAUCUAUUGGAUUUGGAUAAACAAUUAAAAGAGGUCUUUGACAAGGUGGUGAGAUUUCCCAAAUUUAAAAUUGAAUAUUCCAUUGAAUUGUCGAAUGUGCUAAAAGAGGUAAGAAUAAUAUGGAAUAUUUUUUUUAUUAUUUAUAUAAGGGGACAACCCAAUAUGAAAAAAGUUACUGCAAACAGCACAAAGUCUGCUGAAAAAAAUUGUAUGGGCAUAUCUACGGCUUUUGGAAAACGUGCCGAGUUUAGCAAUAUGUUGGAAGCAGGUGAACGUUUUAACAUCUCCAAAGUAUUUCAAAAGUCUUCAAUUGAGGUGAACGAGGUUGGCGAUAUUUAUCCUGUGCCGUCUGCCCUGUUAGCUUUUCGCACUUCCAGAGAAUUUGAUGCUAAUCAUCCGUUCCUUUAUUUUGUUUGGAACAAGAAAAACAUUCUUUUUGCGGGAGCCUUUGUGAAUCCUACAAAUGUUUAGGUGAUUUUUUUUAUUAAUAAAAAUUAAUGGCAAAUUUA